CAACUUUGUGUUGCUACCACUGUCGUGUCUUGUUAGGAGGCGGACGUCGUAACCCCUGGCGUUAAAACCACCGCCGAUAACGGUUUCCAUGAACAAGUACGAGGUGCUCGGCAUCGUCGGCGAAGGCGCGUACGGCGUCGUGCUCAAAUGCCGCAAUAAGGAGACGGGUGAGAUCGUCGCCAUCAAAAAGUUCAAGGAGAGCGAAGAGGACGAGACGGUUCGGAAGACGACGCUGCGCGAAGUCAAAGUGCUCAAGAUGCUCAAGCAAGACAACAUCGUCAACCUCAAAGAAGCGUUCCGGCGAAAAGGCAAGCUCUACCUCGUGUUCGAGUACGUCGAGAAGAACUUGCUCGAAGUCCUCGAAGAAAAGCCCGCGGGCCUCGACCACGAGCUCGUCCGGCGCUACGUCUACCAGCUCAGCCGCGCGAUCGCCUACUGCCACGAAAAUGGCGUCGUCCAUCGCGACAUCAAGCCCGAGAACCUUCUCGUCAACUCGGACCACUCCCUGCGGCUCUGCGACUUUGGAUUUGCGCGGCUUGUGGCCGACUCACACUCGAUGGAGCUCACCGACUACGUCGCGACGCGCUGGUACCGGUCACCCGAACUGCUUCUUGGAUCAACCAAGUAUGGGAAGAGCGUCGACAUUUGGGCCAUUGGAUGUAUCAUGGGCGAGCUCCUCGACGGCCAGCCGCUCUUUCCUGGCGAGUCGGAGAUCGACCAACUCUACAUGAUUCAGAAAAUGCUGGGGCCGCUCACGCCCGACCACAUGGAGCUCUUCCUCUCCAACCCACGGUUUGCGGGCUUGAAGUUCCCUGAUAUGACGCGCCCAGAUACGCUGCAAAAGCGAUUUGUGGGCAAAGUGCCGAAGCGCGCGAUGGCUUUUCUCAAAGGCACGGUGCAGUUGGGACCGGACGAACGCAUGACAGCCGCCGAGUGCGUCGCACACCCGUACUUUGAAGGCCUCGAGAAGGACACCCUUGGCGGCGAGGGCAACCAGGCCAUGACACCACCGCCGACCAAGCCCCUUUUUCGGCUCGACGAAAGCACGAGCGGCAUCCUCUGCGACGAGCCCAAGCCGCGCAAGGACAGCCCGGAUAAUGGCAUCAAUAGCACCAAGAAACCACAGAAGAAGAAGACAACGUCGUCCACCACAACCAAAGAAAACCAGCGGCUGCGCGAUGAGAAGGAUGGGCGAACACGAGCUGCCGAGUAUGGCACGCUGCCCGUCGAGAUGGAGCUGGACACGCCGCUCGCCCCGCGAGACACUGGUGUAUCGUCAAGUAAGAAGAAGAGCAGUGCGAGCAGGUCGAGCAAAUCGGUCAAGGCAGACGAGAAGGCCCCUCCGUCGACGCCCAAGACGCUGGCGGGAAGCAGCAGCACAGGAAGCACACGGAAAAAGAAGACAGCGGCGCCGAAAAGCGAGGCCAAGGCCGACAUCAAGCGCGAGUCCAAGACCAGCAGCAACAAGGAGAGCGAGUCAUCAUCACGGCGAACGUCGGUGCGGCAGGUCGACGACGCCAAACGGAGUCGGAAAGACGCCGACACCGUGCGAUGUAAGCAGCUUCCACAACUCACGAUGGAUGUCGAUGGUGAGAGCGACGUCGUGCUGUUACCGCGCAGUGUCAAGUCGAAUGGUCUCCAGCCACUGCGCAUGCUGGCGUCCGACCCCAAGCAGUAUUAUGACAGUAGUGACGAGUACAAAGCAUAGCCCAUUAUGGCUCUAGCCACCACAUACGACGGCAGCGGUGCGUCUGUACAAAUAUACUUAUGCCACGGCACCCCA